AUGGCGCUGGUACAGCGAUAUGGGAAGCCAGAUUUGUUUGUUACAAUGACGUGCAAUCCUAAUUGGCCAGAAAUAAAGCAAGAAUUGGCCAUAGGAGAAGAAGGGAAAAACCGGCUUGAUUUGGUUUCGAGAAUAUUUAGGGCCAAGCUGCUAGCGCUUAAGAAGCAGAUCAUGGAGAAGCACGUGUUUGGGAAGCCUGAAUUCAAAAUCGAAACUCCUGCUGAUUAUGACAAGUUUGUAUGCGCUAAAAUCCCCUCUGUGGACAACCUCAGGAAGAUUAUCCUCAAAUAUAUGAUGCACGGGCCUUGUGGCCACUUAAACCCUCAAUGCCCUUGCAUGAAACAUAAGGGGCAUACAAACUGUUGUAAAAGUGGGUACCCCAAAAAAUUCUGCCCUGAAAUGACAACCAGUAAAGAUGGUUUCCCAUUGUACAGGAGAAGGGACACCAGUGAUGAAGUUUCUAUCUGCAAGGCAGAUCUGGAUAAUAGGUGGGUCAUUCCCUAUAAUCCGUAUCUAUCAUCUCUGUUUGACUGUCACAUAAAUCUUCAGGUUUGUUCAAGCAUCCAAGCAGUUAAGUACCUCUACAAAUAUGUGUACAAGGGCCAUGAUAGGAUCUCGUUCAAUGUCGUGCAACCUGGUGAGCAAAGGGCUGUUGAUGAGAUCGACCAGUUCCAUUCGGGUAGAUGA